AUGUCACCUGACAAAACUCGUAAAAAACUACCAAAAGAUAAACUUCUUGGACUUGUUGGAGCUUUCAAUGAUAACUAUAUUGAUUUAGGUGGAAAAUUCUUUAAGAGAGGAGUACUUGAAGCACUACAGGAAAUGGCAGUUCGAGCAGGAGUGGAUGUGGCAGAAGGAGAUUCUGUAAAGCUGCUAAGUUGGGCUAAACAUGGGUUUCGCACAGAAUCUCGUAGAACAAACCCAUGGGCACCCAGUGUUGAAAAUCCAAUUCCUGAAAAUGUACGUAGACGGCUUGAUCGUAUCAAGACACAGUACCUGGAAGCUCUCUUGCUUCUUGAAUCGCAGACCUCCCUGCAACCACGCUUUUCUCGAUUUGCCCAGUUAGAAAAUUCAGGAAGUGCUUUGAAAAAAGUUAGGGAAAGAAAACUGUCUAUUCAAGAUGUAUGUGUUGCUUGUGAUUCAUCUUCAGAAGAUAUAGUGACCCAACAUCCUCUCAUAGAAGGUGGACUGUGUCAACAGUGUAAAGAUGAUAUAAUAGAAACUAUGUUUGCUUAUGGCGAUGAUGGAACUAAUGCAUAUUGUGUUAUUUGUGGGCAAGCAGGAGAGCUAAUUAUCUGUGAUAACACCGACUGUAACAAGUGUUACUGUACUGGCUGUAUUGAUGUUCUGAUUUCUCCUGGAACCCAUAAAAAGGUCCUAGCUGCUGAUCCAUGGUUCUGCUUUAUCUGUACUGAGUAUGAUCCAGAAAGAAAUGGUCUUAUUCAACCAAAGUUAGACUGGCAACAGAAUGUUUUAAAAUUGUUUCAGCCAGAAAAAAGCAUUCAGUUAUCCCCAUCUUCAGAUGACUACAGAGAAAAAAAACCAAUUAGAGUUUUAUCUCUGUUUGAUGGAAUUGGAACUGGAAGAUAUGUGUUAGAUCAACUGGGAAUUGAAGUAGAAGCUUAUUAUGCAAGUGAAAUGGAUCAUGAUGCAAUUAACAUUUCAAUUGUGCAGCACAAAUGUAAUGUUACUCAUUUGGGCCAAAUUGAGGAAAUUUCUGAUGCUGAGGUAGCCAAGCUUUGUCCUGUAGAUCUUGUGAUUGGUGGGUCACCAUGCAUUGACCCCUCAUUGGUUAGUUCUGGAAGAAAAGGCUUGUAUGAUGCAACUGGAACAGGGAGAUUGUUUUUUGAUUUUUUUCGACUAUUAAAGGCAGUACAGUUGGCAAACAAGGAACGCCAUGUUUUCUGGCUUUAUGAAAAUGUAACAUCCAUUCCACAAGAAUACAAAUCUAUCAUUACACGAUUCCUUCAAUGUGAACCAGCCCUAAUUGACUCAAAGUAUUUUUCGCCUCAGAAUCAGGCUCGAUACUUUUGGGGAAAUAUUCCAGGAAUGUAUGCAGUAGAGGAAUAUUGGAGUGGAGGCGAAGUUGACAAUCCUCUUCAGCCACAUUUCCACAUGCUACGUCAAGCAGUUAAACUAAAUAGCUCCUUGUCAUCUAACCUGAACCAAGAAAUUGAAACAGUGUCAUCUAACACAAUGUGCAAUAAUUUGCCAAGUGAAUCAAAGGACUCCUUAACACCUGGAAAUACAAGUGAUGAUAAGGAUGCAUUGAGGGUCACAGAUAUUGAGCAAGUCUUUGGAUUUCCCAAACAUUAUACAGACACAGGUAACAUUCCCCUGGGGCGACGUCAGCAACUGCUGGCCAAGGCCUGGAGUGUUCCUAUUAUGAAGCACAUCUUCAUGCCCCUCAGAAACUUUUUUAAAACUUUUUCACUACCCUUUGUGCCACAGCUUUCUCCAGCUUCAACAACAGACAUUCUUCCUGAUUCCUCAUCAUCCCUUACCACAUGUACAAACAAUUGUGUAAGACCAUAAAUAGAUGUCUUUUGUAAAUGUUAAAAAAUAACACAGGAUGAUAUAGUGUUGAACUAGACAUAAUAAUAUUGUUUAUAAAAAGUCUAUGUUUGUAGGCAGUGAAGAAUUAAGCAUAUGAAUGAUAAUGAAGAGAAAAUGUUUAUACUUUGUGACCAAGAGAAAAAAAAAAUAGUAAAUUGGCAUUCGAUUUUUUUACACAAUUAUAAUGAAAGUUAACAAAACACUGCUUCAAGAGUUAUCCACUUAAGGGUUAUACAAAAAGUAUUUUUAGCUUUCGUGCAGAAAAAUUCAGCAAUAGGUUUUAAUAAAUCAGUGUGAUUUAUAGAAGCUGCUAGAUACCCAUUUUUUAUGAACAAAUUAUAUAUAUAUCUGGGAGAAGUCAAUGAAAAUCAUUUGUCACAACUGGCUUCUUUUUGUCAUUUGGAAAGUAGCAACCUAAGUGUUAACAUAUAAUAGUUGUUUAGGUCAUAUCAAAGUGUCAGAUAAGAUGGUUUCUGUUGUUACUAACAUAGCUGAUUUAUUGUUUUUUAAAUAAUACAGUUUUCUUUAAAACCUUUUAGAAUAAUAUUUAUUAUCUAAAUUUAAUGAAACUCAUUGAAAGUUUAGUUACAUAACUUCAUAAACUGUUUUUGCAAGGCUUCUCAUCUUUAGGGGUUUAUCCCUUCUUGCCUUUAUCUUAGGCAUUAUAAUUUAUGAGAAAUUACCUUUAUAUAAUGAUGUAUUCUGUGACAUGUAAUUUAGUUGAUAUCUAGCAGAAUACACCUUGUAACUUCACAACAUUUUAGGUUAAGGUUAUUUUCAUGUUUCUGAAUUUUUUAUACCACCAUCCAGUUAGAGUUUGGAAUUCAUUUUUAACUUAUAAUUUAAACAGAAAAGUUGGUUAGAGCAUAUGGUAUUUUACAAACAUUACCUUCAGCCAAUACAUUGCCUAAAUAUGGAAGUUUGUAACAGAAUAAGGCUUGCAGUGAAUUGUUUACAUAAGGAAUAUUACAUUGUCUUUACUUCUAAGGUAUUGUAUAAUACAGUAGGGAAUUUAUGGUACUUAGAUCAUUUUAGCAGCCUAGUAUUUCGGGUUAUAUGUCACUGCUGUUUUAUCCAACUCUGUAACUAAUGAUGUUCUGCAUAAAAACAGAAAUAAUUACAUCCAGCAUAAAAAUGGAAUAUAUUUUCACCUGUUCUAUUUGCUGAUUUACAGAAUUUUUCAAAGUGAAGAAAACUACAUUUAAUAGAAAAAAAAUUAUUUUAUUGAUGUUUACUGCAAUAGAUACUUUAAUUAGUAAGGAAAGUGUACGUUCCAAUACUGCUGUGUUUGAUCACCAGACAUAAAUGGGUUGAAUGUAACAAAACAAAUACAAUUACUUUCCUGAACAGAAAAAAAAAAUGAUACAAAAAACACAAAAAAUCCUGGUAUAAUUUGCAUAAAAAGGAAACUAAUUGGACAAAACACUGGUUGUGUUACACAAAAAAAGAAAAGAAAAUAGUGCCUAGUUGUGUGCAUGAGCUUUGUUAAUGACAUGAAGAGCGUGUUUCUACAGCAUGAUAACUGAUAUUCUUAGGUGUGUGUUACUGUUUAGUUAUCAUAAAAUGAUAACUUUCUUUCACUUAAACAAGAGGCCAAACUGCAGCAUUCCUCUAAAAGGAGUUAUUGUACUGUGACUGCCUAAUAUUUUAAGGUAUAUUGUAUUUAACAUUCCAUAACAUGAACUGAUCCAACACUACACUUUGUACUUUUUUAGCAGUUUGAAUAAUAUUUUGAUUACUCUGUGGACAGAAGUUUUUAUUUACUUUACUGUCUCUGAGAAAUGUAGAAAGACUAAAAGGCAAAAAUGAUUAUUCAAGUGAUAAAACUUGAAACUGUACUUGGCUCUAAAAAUUUUUCUUUUCAUCUACUAAGUUGAAACAAAUGUUAACAGUACUUAUUAAAAUUAUCUUAUAAAUUUCACAUUUGAACGAAAUUAAUAUUAUAAUACAAUUUUAAUCUGACAAAACCCUGCAUGGCUUUUCUUGUAAAAAAUAAUGUAUCUUACUGUGUUAUAGUUUUUUACGUCCUAAGUAUGAGAGGAUUAGAAAUUAUAUGUACUAGUGAUUUUUGACUAGUGAAGGAAAAUAUUAUUAACCAUGGUGUUUAAAGGGUAUAUAGUUUUAUAUUUUUACCAAGAAAACAAAAAUGAAUUAAAAUUGUAACACAUUUUGCAACACUUUUUUUAAAAGUCUUAUUUAAUUUUUACUCAUCAAAUAGCUCUAACGUAAUACAGCAAACCAUCAUAUAAAUCCAUUCAUUUUGCCAUCUUACUUAAAUACUUAUGUUUGUGAAAAGAUUUAAAUAUUGUAUUCAGAUUUUGCUUUAAAAGCUGUUUAAGUCUUUAUUUUCCACUUUCUUUUUUAAAUAACUGUUAGCAUUUAAUUAUUUAUUGUUUGAUUGUAGUUGAAGUAAUGUAGCAUAUGGGAGAGAGGGCUAGGCAAAAAAUAAUAAAUGUGUAUUGGCUGUUAGGUAGCUGAGCUACAGCUUUUAUUAUUUUAGUGAGUUUUUUUUCUGAGUUUGCUUAUGCUUCAUCAACAGUAGAAUAAAAAAGUGCAUUAUUAAAAAUUUAUAGUUAUGGUUUUUCUAACCCUAAUGACUGUGUAACCAACCCAUUAUGUUGCAUGUGAAAUCUGAAAUAAAAUCUUUAAUUUUGAUUUGUUCCCAAUAAAAUCUAAAUGGUAUGAAUUUUAUAUUUUAUGUAUACUUCCUAAAUUAAAUUUACCUAACACUUAAAAAGCUACUGAAUGUAGUAAAAAUGAUAUAUUUAUUUGUUAAAAUAAAAUUCAAACAGCUGUAUAGCUUGGGAAAAUGUAAUAUUCAUACUUCUUUCUGUUUGUGCUUUAAUAUUAGAAUUUGAUUAUUGUUGCAAAUGAUUAUUCAUUGCUGUUAAUAUGUCAGUAUCUGAUCUUUUAUAUUGUUACAAUAGCUAUAGUUUAUAAAUAAUUAUUCAGUUGUUGUGCAUAUUGUUAAAAUAGAUAGUUGUCCUUGUUGUUCACAUGCUAGUGCUGGUUCUUGUUCAAGCAGUUAGCUAUAAUUUGAUUUUGUUUUUCCCAAUAAUGUGUGGCUUCUUUAUUUUUCAGUUUUUGGUAUUACUAUCAAUUUCUACUUUUCAUAGCUUACAUUUUUAACCAUUAAGGUAUAAGAUUUUAAUUUCUUGUUCUUGGUUAUUUAUUGUUUUAGACUUUCAGAUUACACAAUCUAUAUUUUUAAUAGAAGUGUAAAUUUCUCCUGGUAAUAAGUACGUCAUAUCUCUUUGAGUAACAUUACAUUGAUGUGAUGUUAUAUGGAAGUUUAAGUAAAGUUAUCUAACAAGUUUUACAUCACCCAUUUGUACAUUUUGAUAGUGGUAACAUGUCAGAAAUAAUUUAAGGUAGUUGAACAGAGAAGAGUUAUAUCAUUCGUGAAUGUAAAAUCAUAUAUAUAUGUAACUUCCUUUACCACAAAAAAAAAACA